ACAUGUCUGCCGGUCGAUUGUGCAUUCUGAAGAGUCGCUGACGUAAUCGUCGACUUGUAUUAAAAAUGGACCAAAAUUCGUUCCCAUCGUCCGGUCUGUUUGGUUCAUAUGGAGCUUAUUCAUCUAGUGAUCCAUCUCUAAACAUACCAGUCACGUCAGGAGCAAGUGGGUCCCUCUCUCCCUACCUGAAUGUCGAUCCGAUUUAUCUAAAUCAGGGCGAUUCACAGUUCAUCAUCCCCAAUGGGCAAGCUAGAACGAGAGGCAGAUUUGAGCUGGCUUUCUCUCAGAUUGGUGGUUCAUGUCUGGCAGGUGCUGCAUAUGGUGCUCUGAACGGCCUUCGUAUAUCAGGUGCCGAGACGAAAGAACUUGCCGGCAGAGUACGGAUGUCACAAAUGUUAACACUAGUCACAAAACAAGGAGCCUCCUCUGCAAAUUCAAUAGGAGUCGUUGCUCUCAUGUACACUAUCUUUGGUAUUGGUCUUUCAUGGAGUAGAGGAACAGAUGAUGAGAUUAACACAUUAGGUGCUGCAACCAUGACUGGCUUACUUUAUAAAUCUUCAGCUGGAGUGCCCAAAAUGCUUCGGGGAGGAGCCGUCGGCCUUACCCUUGCUUCAGCCUACUGUUUAUACCAAAACCGAGACAAGGUGAAAUCCAUGAUGUCGGGUGGAAGCAAUACGCAGUACUAGAUUGCCACCAGAGCUCAGAUAGUUGAACUGUAUUUAUUGAGAAAGACUCUAUGAUGAUCUAUUUGUGGACAUGCCUCUUCUAAUCAUGGAUAUCGCGUUUUGAAUAUUAUUGAUGCCAAGGAGUCGACCCUGUUUGAUAAAGAGUUGCAAUGAUUUGAUCAAUCACAAGUAUGAAAGGCCAGCAAUGCUUUAUACAUCUAGAAUGCAGAUACAUGUGUUGAAAGUGUUUUCUAAAGCCUAGGGCCCCGUCUAAGAGUUGUGAUUGAUCCGAUCAAUCUCGACUCUGCUACCUUUUCUUUGGGUAUCAUGUUAUUUAGAAGUGUUUCAUAAGAUGGUGCCGCCAUCCUAUUUGAUUUCCUGUUAAUAUCUGAAACAUUGUACAAGAGGUCUAACGCUCUGUCAAGGUCUUGAACCCACAACCCUCCUUUUGUGAGGUCACUGCUAAUUCAAUCUUCCUUCAACCGAAGAUAAUGCAGCUUUGAUCAAUAACUUUAGUGGCACUUGUAUCAUUCAGCUCUAAAACAAGAAAUUGACAGAUUUGUGCGAUAAAAGUAUACCUACUGCACAUCCCUUGAAAGCAGAAUACAUCAUCAAUCACUUUGGCAGUCUGGAUCGUUGUGAUUUCUGCACAAAACUCAUAGUCCACUGUCAAGAGAUAUAUGUCUGCUGCC